AUGACACUAAUACCACCUCGAUCAUUCAACCGAAUCUCUUCGCGGUCUACACCACUAUCCGUCAGGAUGAAGACCUAUAUAAUCCCCGUCAUCAUGACGGCCUUGAUGGUCCAGCUCCUGUUCCUAGCAAAUAUGUCCUACCUCUUCGGCUCCCUAUUCAAGUCCUCAACACGAAUGCAUAACCUCAAGAUCCUCGCAAUCGAUUUUGAUGGCAGCGAUAUCGGAAAGGCGAUUUCCGGUGCUUAUGAUACCCUCCAGUCAGACAAGUUCCCUUCCCUUGAGUUCGGCUCGUCCUCAGAAUACGAUACCCCCGAAAAGGUUCGAGACGCCGUUUGUAAUCAUGGCUACUGGGGUGCUAUUUAUACUCAUCCUGGUGCCUCUGAUCGUCUUUUGUCCACUAUCGAGGGAGAUAACACCACUGUUUAUGAUCCACAAGACGCAGUCACUACGAUUUAUAACGGCGCAUACUAUCCUUCCAUCUUCUCCUCCCUCCAGGGCAACAUGCAGAGCCUCGUUGGCGCUGCCGCAACCAUGUACGGUCUCACGACUCGCGACGCCCUCAAGGCCGUCAACAUGACCAAUCCUACCUCAGCGAGCACCUUUCUUCGGCCCUUCCAAGCCAAUAUCUGGAACAUCAUGCCAACCGAACAGGGCACAAGAGUUCUUCUGAAUACCGUCUCCCUAGUGAUGGGCAUUCUCAUGCAUUUCUUUUUCCAGAUGGGAUUGAAUGGCAUUACAACUUCUACCAAGGUCCUCCAGUCCUACUCAAAGCGAGAUGUCUAUGUCUUCCGCUUCAUCACUGGCAAGAUUUAUACUCUCAUCGGUGCUCUAGGCAUGGCUGGCUAUUUCUGGGCCUUCCGGGAGAAUUGGAGCGUCGAUGCUGCUCAGUUCUUUGAGACUUGGAUGUGCCUCUGGUUCUACAUGGACAUCAACUACCUUGUUAUCGACACAGUGCUGGCGACUAUAGUCCCUAUGCAGUUCUUUGCCUUCUUCCUUCUUACCUGGAUCAUUCUCAAUAUCGGGUCAACCGUCUUCCCAUUUGAGCUCACACCUGGGUUCUACCAUUGGUCGUGGGCACUUCCAGCCCAUAACGCCUGGCUUCUUCUCGUCGGUAUCUGGUCUGGGUGCCGUGCCAACAUUGGAGUUACUCUGCCUAUCUUGUUCUCUUGGUGGGUUGUCGGCCACGCUGGAAGUGCAUGGUCAGUUCGCAAGAGGUGCUUGAUGGCCGAGGCAGAGGCCGAGAGUCAGCUGCAAGAUGCUCCUAACGAAAAGUUUGAACGAUUCAGCACCGAGCAGACACGACAGGAAACAUCACAUGGACUGAGGCCGGCCCAGGAUCUCGACCUGGAGGCCAACCUCUCCGCGCAGCGUCUGCGCAAUGACGACGAUAAUCGGACAAUUACAAAUGGCGGCGAGACGACACAGGAACGCGAUGACAUCAAAUAG